CAAUAUGUGGUGGUGGUGAAGUCCUACUAGUUUGGUCUAAACUCGACUCCUUUUGCUCUUCUUCUUCUUCUUCUUCUUCUUCUUCUUCUUCUUCUAUGUCUUCCUUCAUCGCCAACCUCUCGUCUCCUUCUCCUCUCUCAUUCUCUAUUGUUUCUUCCUCUUCCCCUAAAGAUGGGAAGCCAAACUCGGUGAAGCUUAGAGAUGAUUGGAGGCAACGCUCCAAGCCCAUUCCUCCUGGAGGCACCUACCCAGCUAAAGACCACUGCAGUCAUUGUGGGUUAUGUGAUACAUAUUACAUUGCCCAUGUCAAGAAUGCUUGUGCUUUCUUAGGUGAUGGGAUGUCUCGAAUUGAAAGUUUGGAACCCAUUGUGCAUGGGAGAGGGAGGAACGUGAAUUCCUUAGAUGAGACUUACUUUGGGGUCUAUGAUGAGCUGCUAUAUGCUCGGAAAACUAAGCCUGUAGAAGGUGCUCAAUGGACUGGGAUAGUAACAACAAUAGCUAUAGAAAUGCUUAAAUCAGGCAUGGUAGAAGCUGUAAUUUGCGUACAAAGCGAUCCAGAUGACAGGUUCACCCCAAGGCCUAUCUUAGCAAGGACACCAGAAGAAGUUCUAGCUGCUAAAGGUGUUAAGCCAACAUUGUCUCCCAAUCUGAAUACCCUUGCCUUAGUUGAGGCUGCAAAUGUUAAGCGUCUUCUUUUCUGUGGUGUCGGUUGCCAAGUGCAAGCAUUAAGAGCCGUGGAGCAUCACUUAAAUUUGGAAAAACUCUAUGUCUUGGGAACUAAUUGUGUUGACAAUGGUACUCGAGAAGGACUUGAUAAGUUUCUGAAGGCUGCAAGCAGUGAACCUGAAACAGUUUUGCAUUAUGAAUUUAUGCAAGAUUAUAAGGUCCAUUUGAAGCAUCUGGACGGUCACAUCGAAGAGGUCCCUUAUUUCUGUCUACCUGCAAAUGACUUAGUCGACGUUAUUGCUCCAUCUUGCUAUAGCUGUUUUGACUACACAAAUGCUUUAGCGGAUCUGGUUGUUGGGUACAUGGGUGUACCAAAAUAUUCAGGAAUCAGCAUGACACAACAUCCCCAAUAUGUUACUGUAAGAAAUGAACGUGGAAAAGAAAUGCUAAGUCUGGUUGAGAAGUAUCUGGAGAUCACCCCAACAAUUAGUAGUGGUCAGCGCCAACCGUUUGUUGUGGAGACUGUCAAGGCAGAUGAUAAUGCUAAACUGGGUAGAGGACCUUCUCAACCUGCUCCUAAGUUUGUAGGGAAUCUGAUAGCUUUCCUUCUAAAUUUGGUUGGUCCAAAGGGUCUGGAAUUUGCUCGGUAUUCACUCGAUUACCACACCAUCAGAAAUCAUUUGCACGUAAAUCGCUUUUGGGGCAAACAGAGAGCAGAUAGACACACUCCUUCCUAUGCAAAGAAGAUUGUUGAUAUGUAUAACAAGAAGGGUGAAAUCAAUCAAAUGCUUUCAGAAAAGUAGAGAUAGUUGAUAAAGAAAUGCAGGUGAGAACUUGGAACUUCCAAUGAUGUAGAAUUAUUUUCACUCACAAUUUCCUACACCAUGAAGAGAGACAGUUUUUGAUGCUCUUGAUUAUUAUUCCAUGUAAUUCGAAUUCAAUACUUGAGUAUCAAUCAUUGGCUUUGAAUCUAGGAUUUGUAUGCAUCAUUUUUGGACCAUAUCCAAUGAAUUUUCCUCACAUGCUGCAGACACAUAAUUGUACUAUGUAUGGUACCCUGCAAUUUCACUUUCUGAUGUCUGAAUA